AUGGCGUGCAAUCACACAAGCGAGCAACCUGUAGAACACUCUGCUGAGCUGCGGCAGUGCAUUCUAUUUGCGAGAUCAUCAGGAUUACACAGAAGGCGACAGCGUGGCCAUGGGUUCCCAGCUGCCGACCCAUGCACCAACGCCUCGGGGUGUAUAUCCUACAAGCCAUGGGAAGGGGAGGUAUUGUGGUUGCGUUUACAUUCAGGAAGGGGAGGUAAUGUAGUUGAGGCUGUAGGGAUGUCGGUUGCAUCAGCAACAGCGCGAGGAAAGAAGUCUAGGGAGUUAUGCACCUUUGCGUUACUUGGACUAUUGUCGCUAUCGUCUUGCUCAACCACGACGGACUCAGAUUUUGAAUCAGUACAUGUCGAAAAAGCAGGGGGACAUUCUCCAACUUGCUUGGAAGCACCCGGGAACUCACAAGGCAUAUCACCGUUUGCACAAGAAUUCACGCCACUUAUGGAGAAUAGCUUUGGAAACCCCCCAGAUUAUCAUGGAUCUCCCACAUCUUUGGUCCCACUGACCAUUCCAACCUCCCCUACCGACCAUCACACACGUUCAGCAGCGAACGCCGUACCUGCUGGCUCACCUUCCACUUCCCACACACCGUCUACGGCCUAUCCAAGCCCUCUUUCAGCCACCAACCCAUCGUUCGCUUCACAUGCGCCUCAAACAGCCCAUCUCGGACAUCGCAAGGUGUCCGUUUCCCCUGCCAGCUCAUCGACCACCUUACAUGCGCCCACUACGCACCCCCCAACCUCAACUACAACACCGCCUUCUCCCGAACGUAAACGCGGUCGCCCAAAAGGGAGCGUGAAAUCAAAGCCAGUGACAUACGGCCCGCAUCCAAGACUCGGAUGGCCUCCCGGAACUGGGUAUAAGCAGAGGCUGAGGGCAUCAUUGGGUGAGGAUGCAGCUCAGGCGGCGAAGAGACCGAGGGGACGACCCCAGAAACAGGAUUCAUCACCUGUUUCUGUGGAAUUCGGAAAAAUGAUGGUCUCUGGAACACCUUCACGACAUGAAGGUCCUUCUUUCCAGGCACCACGGGCCCUGUUACAUGGCCCAGGUUCAUCCGUUCCACCUACACCAUCUCUGCUUAGCGAUACGGCCAUAUCACUUCCAUCUCAGACUGCCGCAGCCGCAAGUAGGACUACGAUACAGCUCCCUGAUGCAUUUCUCAGCACCCCUGCACCUGGUCCUCGUCUAUUGGAUGCCCGUUGCACCAUCAUCCCAGAUGAAGACCCACAACGAGAUGUUGAGACACCCGAUCAUGACGGGGAGGACAGUGAAGGGUUGGAGGAAGAGUUAGGGGCCGAGGAUGACCCUCAGGAUGAUGACGACGAAGCCAAUGAAGACCUAGAUGAGCCGGAGACGCCACCAUCUUCCUCUCGACCGCGCCAGCCAUUGCCAGUCUGGCUUAUGGACCAGUUCAACGCGAGACGCGAGGAGUUGAAGGGUCACGACGCAAAUGGCCUUCCGCCGCUAUACUCUGAUAACGAAACUUUCUGGUUCCCACAAAAAUCAACAUUUUUCUUCCUCCAGCAGCAAUCCUGCUCCCCACCACAACUCUACAAUCCACGGUUCUUCUUGUGGGAUCCUGAAUGCCUUUGCAAUCGCAUUCCAUGUCCAAAUUUAAUUGUUUCCAUCCAAGAACGAAGAAAAGAACAGUCACAUUUCGAAGCUGGGAUCCCCGCAUCCUUUCUGUUCUUCCUCCAGCUCUCGCAGCUGAAUUCCCUGCACAUCUUACUCAUCGUACACCUUGCACUCCGUAAAUCAUCAUUAGAUUCUUGGACUGGUAGAAAAUAUGAAGCUUUCUUAUCGUUUGAUGAUGCUGGUCCAAGAGGGCGACAUGGAUAUAUUCCAAGCCCACGAUGGUUUUGGGAUGUAUAUGAUGGCUACACAGAGAAGCACCAGCAUGACUUCAACCAACACACUGCUAUGUUACCUGCAGACGUCACAAAGCAUGUUGCUCGAGUGGAGGGAGAGCAGGUGUUUACUGCUCUCCUCACAGUAACCAACCACACUGCUCAAAUUCGAGCAUGUGAUUUUGUCGCAACGAAAUCCCAUUCACAAUUUGAACUUGCUCUAAACCGUAUGCGGGAGUCACUGGAGCUCUUUGGUCACUGCCAACCCUCUGCUUUCUACACCGAUAUGCCAACUGACAGAGGAUUUCUUGAGAAGUGCUUUCCAUCACUCCAGGAAAAUGUCUUCCCUGUUGAGAAAUAUGGUGAUCUUGAUGUCUUCGAGCUACCUUCCUCAACUCAACUCAGCAUUCUUCCAAAAAAUACUGCUCAAUCGAUCAACGAUGCUGAUUUGACUCAGAUAUUCAAGGAAAAUAUGCUACUGUCCAGCUGGCAUAUCAAAAUCGUGUAUAUCAUCUUCAGAUUGGGGAGAAUCUGGCAAAACGAGAGCUUCCUCAUCAGCUCAAGCUUCUUCUUCUCCACCCCCAAGUUCUCAAAGCAGGUCGGCUGGUCACUUCAGACCUUUUACACCUUCAACAAGCUUGUCGUUCAACUGUCCCUUUUAUUGCGAUGUGUUAUCUCCAACAUAUCAAAAACCAGCCUUCCCGACCUCUGUGCCCUUGUUUUACACAAGCGUUUUCUCAACAAAAAACUGUCAGAACAGCUGCAACAUGCUGCUCAAGGAGCUUAUGCCUCUCUUUGCAUCUAUGAAAAACUUGCCAAAAUCACAGUUCUUCAACCACUCCCCACUGCAAUAAAUCCAUCUUUGCCUGUUCUUUUAUAUAGCACUGACAACACAACUGUUAUUGCUCAAGGCAUAAUUUCACAACACCUGGACGACCACUCGUUUGAUGGCUUCACCAUAACUCCCACUAGAACUGUUAUUGACAUUUCCAAGGUUCUUGUUCCAGGCGCCAUUCUUACAACACAUGGUCGACGUUCUUUAAAAAGCUUUGGUAAAACUCCAUUUUCUGUGGUUUGCCUACGAAGCCACUUACGUCUUAUCGAUCCCACUGUUACCUUGGAGGAAUCUGGUUCUUUGCAAUCAGCCAUUCAGCCUGAAGUGGUCUCUGAAGAUUACUCUCACUCUGAAUCUGUGGAACUUUCAUCUGGGGACUCUGAGGAAUUAGAAGGAGAAUCCACAGUAUCACUUGCACCAUUGUUAUCUCAAGAUCUUUCUGGCCCUUUCAUUGAUCCUUCUAGUGACAGAGACCCAGCUAGUCUCUCUCUUGGAUGUGAAAUUCUGGGUACUGAUCCAGAAACUUGGGACUACACAAUUUAUAGCUGUGUUUUAAAGGAUCCUUGGCAUGUCUUUCAUAUGUUUCAGAUCUCUGCAACCCAUGGGCUUCGGAAGCAAUUCACUCGAGAGCUACGAGAUGCUAUAUUUAUCCCUGACAGUGCUGACAGAGCUCAAAUUGACAGCUGGGGAGCCAUUCAGUCACCUCCACGAACAUACAUGAGCCUUCGAAAUUCAUCAUCUGAGUGGCUCCGCCAGCAAUGCAAGCAUAUUAUUCCUACUCCCCACAUUUUAUAUCCAUUGGUUGCAAAAGUCUUCCGCACAUAUGGUCCGAUUGUUGAUCCUGACUCACAAAAGCCACUGUUCAGCUCUGAUAACUGGAAAACAGCAAAGAAUGUUCUGGAACUCAUCAAGAAUGGAUAUCUAUCUGAUCCUCCAGGUGUUGCUUUAUACACUGCAAUUGGGAUUGAUAAGAAAGCUGGUGGCCUUCCCAUAUAUAGAUGUGCUCGAGGUACAAAUAGCACUGAAGGUGGAGUUCAUGCUCAUAUUUGCUCACGUUUGCCAAAAUUUGGAACCUCGAUUCGGCACCUCCAGGCAUCACUUCUUGAUUUUGUUUUGCGACACAACCUUCUUACUGGUACAUAUAACUCAACAGGCCAGCGUUAUCGGGGCCAUUACUCAAUUUGGAUCACCAAUUCUAUUCAAGAACACCUCAUAUCUCUACAAGACACGCUUGUAGAUCCAAUUCAAAUCAGUGGCUGGGUUAAUGGCAAUCUCUACACACCAACUACAGAGGUCCUUGGGAUUCUUCCUAUUCCUGAUAUUGUCAGGACCUCAAGUGGCAUGGCAAUUCCAACUUCUGGGGAACCCAAAUGGCAAGAAGCAGUGAAGGUUUGGAAUGCUACUUCUGACCAAACAACUGAAAUUUACUAUAAGCUCACCGAACAACUUAAAGUUUACUACACAAAGUGGAAGGCACUCUCACAUGUCAAGGAGACACUUUCACUUACAGCAGAUGUCAAGGAGACACUUUCACUUACAGCAGAUGUCCGUCGUCCCCUUUCACUUCUUAUUCAUGACCCACACCGUUCAAAAAUGGCCCCGGAAGUUCCGGUACACACACAACCACCCCUGACAAUUGAAAAAGGCCUUCUUGAAUUUUCAUCUAUGCAAUCACAGACUGUCAAAGGUCCUAUGGACAUUGACCCGCAGUUAGAACACUCUGAUGCACAGGUAGCUGGACCGUCGUCAAGUAAUUUCCAAAUGCACACGGAAACGCUCUCACGCACCCGGGUACAAGGUACCAUCGCUAAUGUAAACCCAGCUCCAACACGUCGAAAACGCCAAACUUGCUGCAAGUGUGCUGUUAUCGAUUGCCCUGGAAGCCAGAAAGUUUCGAACUAUUUGACUGUACCUUUUGUGCAAUCUAACCCACAAACACCAGUAUCCGGCCCAGGCGGGCUGGAUGACAAUAGUUCGUUGGCAAUGACUAUUGUCUUGCUCAACCACGACAGGCUCAGAUUCUGGAUUGAUAUUUCUUUCCUCGUGCCCUUGCUGAUGCAACCAACAUCUGAGCAGAUCACGAAUGGCUUCGGAAACCCCUCAGAUUAUUGUGGAACUCCCACAUCUGUGGUUCUGCUGACUAUUCCAACCUCCCCUGCCGACCAUCACAUGCUUUCAGCAGCGAAAGCUGUACCCCCUGGCUCACCUUCCGCUUCCCACACACCCUCUAUGGCUUACCCAAGCCCUCUUUCAGCCACCACCCCAUCGGCCACUUCACAUACACCUCAAACAGCCCAUCUCGGACCUUGCGAGGUGGCUGUCUCGUCCGCCAGCUCAUCAACUGCUUUAUACACACCCACUACAGACCCUCCAACCUCAACAACAACACCACCUCUUGCGGAACAUAAACGCAGUCACUCAAAAGGGAGUGAUUCAUCACCUGUUUCUGUUGACUUCGGAAAAAUGCUGGUCUCUGGAACACCUUCACAACAUGAGGGUCCUUCUUUCCAGGCACCAUGCUGCCAAAAGUACCAGAUGCAUGGGUCAUGUCAACCAUCCAACACAAACCAGAUGCUAAUUGUCAUUGUUGUCAUCGUAGGUCCACGUCAACCUCACAACCUACCACAAAAGAACCAUGUCGACAACACGAUGAUGAGGGACGAUGAAGAUGGCCUGGCACGUCAAUGGACAUGCCACGACGUCCAGACUGUGAUGAUGCAUGUCGUCGUCACUGUCCACAUUAAUCCAGAAUACCUUCUCAAUGAUCAUUUUUUUUGA